AUGUCUCCUGCUAAGGAUCAAGCAAAGAAAGAACAGUCGAUGACAACCAAACAGUCUCUCAAAGGAAAGAAGCAACCUCCAAAGGAGGAAGAAUUGUCGGAGGAGGAUCUACACUUGAAAGAUGAAUUGGAACUAUUAGUCGAGAGGCUACUAGAAACCGGUUCCUCUAAGGAAAUGUACGAGAAAUACUUAACUUCUCUCAAAACUUUCAUUAAAGAUUCUACUACCUCGAUGACCGCUGUCCCGAAACCUUUAAAAUUCUUGAGACCACAUUACCAUUCACUAACUGAACUUUAUGAGAAGUGGGUCGAAAAAUUUGGUAAGAAUGACGAUAUAGUACUUAAAUUAGCCGACAUAUUGUCAAUUUUAGCAAUGACUUAUUCGGACGAUGGAAAGAGGGAAUCCUUGAAAUACAGGUUAUUGUCUAGUGACUCUAAUAUUUAUGACUGGGGACAUGAAUAUCUUCGUCAUUUGGCUCUUGAAAUUGGUGAAUCGUACCAGGAGAAUCUUGGAUCUGAUGACCAUUUAAUUAAGCAAUUAAUAGACUUAUCCUUGAAAAUUGUUCCAUUCUUUUUGAAACAUAAUGCAGAGGCCGAUGCAGUAGACUUACUCUUAGAGAUUGAAAGUAUUGACAAACUUCCACAAUUCGUUGACGAAAAUACUUACGCAAGGGUUUGCCUAUACAUGAUCAGCUGUGUUCCCUUGUUGGCUCCACCUGAUGACAACUCCUUUUUAUAUACUGCUUACUCUAUUUCCUUGGAGCAUAGACAGUUAUCGCAAGCCUUAACAUUGGCUAUAAAGCUAGAUAAUGAGGAGUUAAUUAAGCAAGUUUUUGAAUCCACUGACGAUGACUUAGUUCAUAAACAAUUGGGCUUUAUUUUAUCACAACAAAACAGCUCAUUCAAAUAUCCUGGUGACAAUCAAGAAGUUCAAAAUGCUAUCUCGAAUGUGAAUUUAUAUGAAUACUAUGCAUAUCUUGUGAAGGAAUUGAAUUUAUUGGAUCCUAAAGUUCCUGAAGAUAUAUACAAAUCGCAUUUAGAGAAUGCAAAAUUUGGCUUAGGUAACUCUGGGUCUAUUGACUCAGCUAAACAAAACUUAGCAGCUGCUUUUGUCAAUGCAUUUAUAAAUUUUGGAUACGGAACCGAUAAAUUAGUUCAAACUGAGGAAGAUAAUAAAUCAUGGAUUUAUAAAACUAAGGGUCUGGGGAUGAUUUCAACGACAGCAUCACUAGGUCUUAUUCAUGAAUGGAACAUCAACGAAGGAUUACAGGUAUUAGAUAAAUAUACCUAUUCUCUAGAAGAUGAUGUAAAGGCAGGUGCUUUGUUGGGGACUGGUGUCGUAUCGACUAAUGUGCAUGAUGACGUUGAUGCUGCUUUUGCUUUACUUCAAGAAUAUGUUACAGACCCAAAGAAGCUUUUUCAAUCAUCUUCAAUUAUCGGCUUGGGGAUUGCAUUCGCGGGGUCUUCUAACGAAGAAGUUUUGAAUUUAUUACUUCCUCUAAUUUCUGACUUAGAUCUUUCUUUAGAGGUUUCGAGCUUAGCAGCCCUUGCUUUGGGACAUGUAUUUGUGGGGACAUGUCAUGGCGAAAUUACUUCAACAAUAUUGCAAACUCUAUUGGAAAGAGACUUCAGCCAACUAGCUAAUAAAUUCAUAAAAUUUAUGUCUUUGGGUCUCGGCUUAUUAUACAUGGGGAAGACGGAACAAGUUGAGGACGUACUAGAGACAAUAGAUGCUAUAGAGCAUCCCAUUAAUAAAACUUUGAAAGUAUUGGUCAACAUCUGUGCCUAUGCUGGGACGGGGAACGUUUUGCAGAUUCAGUCUUUGUUACAAAUGUGCACUGCGAAGCCUACUGAUAAGGUCUCCGAAGAGAAAAAGUUGGCUGAGAGUGAAGAAGACCAGUUGAAGAGAGAAGCCGACGAAGGUAAUAAUGAUAACGAUGUUGAAAUGGCUCAGGCUGAGUCGGCUACAGACGGAGAAAAGGAGGAGGAACAAACUGAGAAGGAAAUCGAAGAAACUGAAAGUACAGAUGAAGAAGAAGGGGAAGAGUUACACCAAGGGUUUGCUGUUUUGGGAUUGGCUUGCAUUGCAAUGGGUGAAGAAAUUGGACAAGAUUUGUCUUUACGUCACUUUUCACAUUUAAUGCACUAUGGAAAUUCUUUGAUACGUAGAGCUGUACCACUUGCAAUGGGUUUGGUCUCUGCUUCGAAUCCUCAAAUGAAAGUGUUCGACACAUUGUCUCGUUAUUCACAUGACCCUGACUUAGAAGUCUCUCAAAAUUCAAUUUAUGCUAUGGGACUAGUGGGUGCUGGUACGAAUAAUGCUAGAUUAGCUCAAUUACUCAGGCAGUUAGCCUCAUAUUACAUCAAGUCAGCCGAUACCUUAUUUAUGGUCAGAAUUGCUCAAGGUAUUUUACACCUUGGUAAGGGUACAUUGAGUUUAUCUCCUUUCAAUUCAGAGAGAAGUAUUUUGUCCAAAGUGUCGUUGGCCUCACUUCUAACUGUAUCAGUGGCCUUAUUGGAUCCAAAAUCAUUUAUUUUAAGUGAUUCUACCACCGAAUGUACUCAUCAAUUGUUGUACUAUUUAACUCCUGCUGUAAAACCUCGCAUGUUGGUAACGCUAGAUGAAUCGCUUAAUCCUAUCAAAGUUAAUGUGAGAGUUGGACAAGCAGUCGACGUUGUGGGACAAGCGGGUAAACCUAAAACUAUAACAGGUUGGGUGACACAAUCAACUCCCGUUUUAUUAAACUUUGGUGAAAGGGCUGAGUUAGAAAAUACUGAAGAAUGGAUUAGCUUGACGUCGUCGUUAGAGGGAGUCGUGAUUUUGAGAAAGAAUCCUGAUUAUAUGGAAGUCGACAAUGUUUAG